AUGUCUAUGAUUCAAGCAUUUUCGUUACUAAAAGACGUCAAGCCUUACAAACAGGGCUGGCGAGUCCAAGUUAAGUUGCUUCACUCCUGGAGGCAGAAAACCAAUUAUGGAGGAGAUACCCUUGAGAUGAUAUUCGCAGAUGAAACUGGUGUUAAGAUACACUGCUCGGCCAGAAAGACUCUCAUAAAAAAAACAGAGAGUAAAAUUCGGCUUGGUGAAUGGCGACUCAUAGACACAUUUACAGUGUCUCACGCAAGAGGACAGUACCGUCCCACAGACCAUACUUACAAAAUGUCUAUCAUCGAAGACACCUCUAUAGACCAAAGUACUUUUGAGUGUGAUGAUGUGUUCCUGAAUUUUCCUCCUUUUGACAAUAUUGGAAAUGGAACUCUUAAUACUCACUUCCUGAUCGAUGUAGUUGGUCAAGUAUCCAGUCUGCGUGACAUCCAAACUGUCCAAGUUGCAGGGAAUGAUAAGAAAAAAAUUGAAUUUCGCUUAAUGGACAUCAAGGGUCAAAGCAUUGCAUGUUGUUUGUGGGGUAAAUAUGCAGAACAGCUAGAUGAGCAUCUCCAACAAACAAAUAAUCCUAAUAUGGUGUGCAUGAUCCGCUUUGCUAAAAUUGGGUUUUACAGAGGAGAUGUGCAGAUAACCAAUGCUUUUGAUUCAUCCCUGGUUUGUUUCGAUCCUGACUUACCUGAAUGUCUGGCUUUAAAAAACAAAAUGCCAAAUGAUGAGUUUGCUCUUGCUCUAACUGAUACAAAGAAUGAUAAGCGUCCGAUCAAGGAUCAAUUGAUGAUUGGAAUGAUGUGGGAGGAGGAUUGCAAAAUAAUUUGCUCAAUUGAAUCUAUUGAUACGGAUUGGAGCUGGUUUAUUUUUGGUCAUGUUAGCCGGAACAGGUGUAACAAACGUUGCCUUCGCAUCAAAUCGAAGGAAGGUGGUAAUUUGCCUCCAAAUGAGAAACCAUUAUUCUGGUGCACAUCAUGUCGUGUUAAUACCACCACCGUAACACCACAAUUCAAAUUGCAUCUGAUUGUCAAGGAUGAUACAAGUACUUGCAAACUGAUGCUUCUUGAUUCUGUUGCUAAAGUCGUUGUGGGCUUCGAAGCUAAAGAUAUUUGGGAUGGUUCCUAUGAAGAGAUUGAAGAUCCAGAUAUUUUGCCAAAAGCUAUAACAGAUAUGGUUGGAAAAUCUAUUUGUUUUGGUCUUUCUCUUGGCUCUGAAAAUGUUAAAAAUGGAUCAGACAUCUUUCUGGUUUCACAAGUAUGGUCUGGUGAUAAGAUUCUCCAAAUCGAGUCCAACUCUGAGCCUAUUACUCAUGUUAGCUCUGCUUCAUCAAUAAUGUCCGGUGGAGAGGUUUCUUUAACAGAAAAAAGUGAAGCAAAUUCAUCUGAAGGUUCUUCUACCCCAUUUUCAAAGCGUAAGGAAAAAGAUCAAGUUGAUCAGACUUCAACUUCCAAAAAACUUUGUACCAAGGUGGUGAAGAUGGAGAAGAUUAAAGAUGACGAGCUGAAUGUUUAG